AUGGCGUCGACCAUAAUGACGAUAACGCCACCAAAUGUGUCGUAUAUUCAAAUGGAUUCACUUGUCAUUAUGAAAAUCGUCAAGCACGUUGACAGCGAGCUUUACGCUGGCAUGAGUGAGGUGGCCGGUGAGGCUUGCCAAGGUCUCUUGACAGGUCUUGUGUCUGUGGAGAAAGAUGACAGCCGUUUAGAAAUCACUAACUGCUUUCCUACAGCUCGUGCAGAGCCUGUCUUAGAAAGCGAUGAAAAUGCAGCUCAGGCUAAUCAGAUGUACGAAGAGCUCAAACAGCAGGAAAUGCUAGAUAUGUUGAGGAAAUUCAGGAAUAUGAAUAUCGAUUAUGAGCUCGUAGGAUUCUAUCAAGCGCAUCCAUUUGGGGCUUGUUUCUCACAGGAUCUUGUGGAUUCAAUGUUCGAUUAUCAGAGCAAUGGGCCCGACGGCGUAGUUAUCAUUUACGAUCCUGUAAAGACACGACAAGGGCAGCUUUGCUUACGCGCUUACCGUCUGUCUGUACCGGCGCUCGAACUCUGCGCCAAAAACGACUGGUCGCCGGACGCUGUCAAGGCAGCUAACCUCACUUAUCAGACAAUGUUCGAAGAGUUGCCGAUAGUUAUCAAAAGUAGUCAUCUAGUCAAUGUUAUGAUGGCUGAAUUGUCCUUAGCCCCGACUAGAAUUGCUGACAGAUUCUCAACGCAUCUUGAACUGGGAUCUCGGAGGUCACUGGAAAAGAGCGUAAGAGCGAUGAUGGCUAACAUUGAUGAACUCAACAAAUCCAUAUCGGCAUAUGGGAAAUACGUCAACGACAAGCAAAAGCACGAUAACAUGAUCUACAAUCUGACACAGAAACGGCAAGCAGAGAACGAGCAACGUCUUGCGAGGGGUGAACCUCCUCUGUCGAUGGAUGACAUUCGAAAAAUGAAGGAACCACAGUUGCAAACACGAAAUGGAAUGCUCGAUGCAAUGUUGAGUAGCUGUGAUACUCAAGCAUUGGCCGAUUUCUGUGUUAAAGUAACUGGUGAAAACAUAGCCAAGCUGUUUCUUGCCGAAGCUCUAGCCGAUGACAAAGGAACUGUGAAGGAUCGAUCACAAAGCCUACUGAACCGCUAA